GAUAUUUGUUGAUAAAGUUGACAUGUCCCGUUCGACUAUGCAUUGUUGUCAUUCAGAUGCUUUAUUUUUAUUUGUAAUUUUGUAUAUAAAAUAUUAUACCAACACAUAAUGUGUACAUGAAUUCAAUUUAAGUAAUUGAUUAAUAUUAUUGUCCAAACAAUGGAUAACUUAGAUGUAAUAAAAGAAGAGUUUGUUCAUGUUAAUGUUAAAAUUGAACCAUGUGAGGAAAACGAUUCAGAAUUUGAUGGUGUUGUUAAUGACAAUAUUCCACAAGAUUCAUGCGACUACGAACCUCCUGAAAUAAAGGUUAAGGUAGAGAUCGUACAACAAAACUCUGAGGACCAGCAUGAAAGUAAUCACUUAUUACUUGAAGCUGAUAGAAAACCAGAUUUGCAGGAGCACUUUCAAGAUAGUAACAUAGCUGGAGACAUAAAGUAUAAUAAAAGAAUUCCGUGCCCGAAAUGUGAUCGUACUUUAAAAAACCGGGGAAAUCUCAAACAGCAUCUGCGAACUGUGCACUUAGAAACUUCCGAAAAUAUAAAAUGUCCAGAUUGUGAUAGAGUUUUUAAGUCAAGGGAAUAUUUGUGGAAUCACCAACAUUCUGUACAUUACAGUAUUGAAGAAAUGCCCUGUCCAGAGUGUAACAAGACUUUUACUAAUAAAAGACGCUUAGACAAUCAUUUCUACUACACUCAUAAAGAUAAAACUCUAGUAACGUGUCCAACUUGUGGUAAAAACUUUCAAGGACAGAGAAAACUGAAACUGCACAUGAAACAUGUACACACCUUUAAUGAAAAUAUAUUAUGCACUCACUGUCAAAAAAGAUUUAAAAGUGAGUUACUGCUUAAAAGACAUAUGGCAUAUCAUCAUUCUGAUGGUCAGGAAUAUAAAUGUGCCUUCUGUGACAAAAUGUUUGACUCAAAUAUUAAGUACAAAAAACAUUUCGAACAAGUUCACCCUGAGCAGCGUAUACAAUGCCGCAUCUGUUCCAAACUUUUAAAAUCAGUACAGAUUGCAAAAAAACACUUAAGAAUUGUUCAUCAAUUGAAGGAUGGAAUCCUUGAAGAGAAUUUAGUAAAAGUAGCGAAUGAUACUAUAACAAAUUUCAUUAAUGGUGUUGAUAAGGCAGUGGAAGUUACUUGUGACUUAUGUUUCAAAGUAUUUUCCAAUCAAAGUGUAUUUUAUCGACACAUAAGAUCAACGCACCCAUCAAAGGAACAAGAGGUCGCCUGUGAUGUUUGUAAUAAAGUGUUUAAAUCACCUCAUCAUCUAAGAGUUCACAAGGCAGCUGUACAUUCCAUAAACCAAUUUACAUGUAGUCUUUGCAAUCAAAACUUUUCUUCGAAGAAGUAUUUAACAAGACAUGAGAAGAGGCACAAUAAGAUUGAACAACAAUUUGAAUGUGAUAUUUGUAAUAAAUUUUAUAAAUGCCGAGAAUAUUUAAAGAGGCAUUUAAGACGUGUGCAUGACAAUAAUAUUUUAGGUAUUUAAGUAACUAUUAAAUGCACAUAUAUCUAUGUUUGCACUGUAAGCUGGCUGUUAAUAGUAUGAAUAUUUGUAUUGAUUAAAAUGUUAGCUGUUAUAAGUGAAGCCAGAUUGAGAAAAGUAUCAUAAGAAGAUUUUAGAAGUCAUAUAAUAUGAUCAAUAUGUUCACAGAUUAAUAAUUGUGUUAUUAUUGCAAAAAAUUCAACUGUGUUUAAUAAGAUUUUAAUGCUAUUUUUAGACUGCAAUAUGUUAUUUGACAUAUUUAGUCCUUAGCCUAGAGUUUUAGAUCAUUGGAUGCACCAAAAACCAGAAAUAUCCUAUAACAGCACUCGGUAACUUUAUAAGCUUCUGUUGUAGUGAUCUAGUAAAUGAAAUUGUUAAUCAUGAAAUUUUUUUAUGUAAAUUAUGAACUUUAUAAAUUAAAUGUAAAUAUAAGAUACAAUGAAUUAAAAAAUCAGUUAAGUAAAGCUUUUAUGCACUAAAAAGGAUUAAGAGAUUUUACAGUAUUUAGAAUUAGAUAAGGAGACACUUUAUUUAAUUGUAUAUGUUAUGAAAUAAAGAGUAAAUAGUU